AUGGAUGAUGUGAUUGAUUGUGGUAUUAAGCAGUUCUCCUGGCCGGGCCGAUAUCAGCAAAUUAGUGAUCGGAAUCAUCAGUGGUUUCUUGACAGGGCACACACUGAGUUAAGUGUGCGUUAUGCAGCGGAGUGGUUUGUUGAGCGAGUCAUAGAGCACUCAAGACUAAUUCACUCUCAGAUCAAAAUUCGACUAACCGCUUUUCUGCUGAUAUUCAAGAAAGUUAUGCCGAAUUUUGGAGAAAAUUCGAUGCCGCUGCAACAGUAUCAUGCAAGAGAACAAUUGAGGGAGCUUUACAUCAAGCUAGAACAACUGGAGAUUUAA